GGCGCAACCUACAAAUUGGACUUGCCUGCCGAAUUGCGGGCACGCGGACUGGCAAACGCCUUCCAUGCGUCACUCCUACGCCCACAUUACCCCAAUGAUGACCGCAGGUUUCCUGGGAGACAAUACCAUCAGAUUCCGGGGCUCGGUGAAAGCCCUAGGGAGUGGGCGGUCGAUCGGAUAAUUUCACACAUAGGGCGGGGAGCGGACGCCGAGUUCCAGGUGCAGUGGUCCACAGGGGAUGUGACAUGGGCACCUUACGCCGAUGUAAGCCAUCUGAGAGCUCUGGCGGAAUAUCUCGAAGCACUAGGAGUACCGCGCGUGAAUAAGCUG